UCCUCAUUGAGUACAUCCUCCAUCUUAUAGGAAAGUGGUUGAAGUUGAAACAUAAAGUAGCCUUAUAUGAAGCUCUAGAAAAGAUCAAAUCAGAACUUAUGCUGCUGGGAUUUAUAUCAUUGAUGCUAACUGUGUUGCAAAGCCCAAUUUCGAACAUAUGCAUUCCCGCGAGCGUCGGAAACACGUGGCUUCCGUGCAGCAAAAAGAGAGCACAAAAGUUGGAGGAGUCUAAAGCCUUGAAACUGUCGCCGCCGCGCGAUAUUGACGGCCGCCUGAGACUUCUCGUCAGCGGAGGAACGCGGCGUGUUCUGGCAGCUGGAGCUGACAAAUGCGCUCUUAAGGGAAAAGUGCCGUUAGUGUCUACAGAUGGAAUUCAUCAGUUACAUAUAUUCAUAUUCGUUUUAGCCGUUUUUCAUAUCUUCUAUUGUGUCACAACUUUGGCUUUGGGGCGAGCCAAGAUGAGAAGAUGGAAAGCAUGGGAAAAAGAAACAAGAACGGCAGAAUACAAAUUCGCUCAUGAUCCAGAGAGAUUCCGGUUUGCUAGAGAGACAACAUUCGGAAGAAGACAUUUGAGCUUUUGGACAACAAGACCCAUUCUUCUCUGGAUAGUGUGUUUCUUUCGACAAUUCAUACACUCUGUUCCCAAAGUUGAUUAUCUAACCUUGAGACAUGGAUUUAUCAUGGCUCAUUUGACACCUCAAACUGCGACGAAUUUCGAUUUUCAAAAGUAUAUCAAAAGAUCACUAGAAACAGAUUUCAAGGUCGUUGUUGGAAUCAGUCCUCCGAUGUGGCUAUUUGCAGUUUCCUUUCUUCUGUUCAAUACUCACGGCUGGUACUCUUAUUUAUGGCUUCCGUUUCUUCCCCUAAUUAUUAUAUUGUUGGUUGGUGCCAAGUUGCAAGUGAUCAUCACAAAGAUGGGGCUAAGGAUUCAGGAUAGGAAUGAAAUUGUAAAGGGAGUUCCAGUGGUUGAGCCGGGUGAUGACCUGUUCUGGUUCAACCGUCCGCGACUCAUUCUGUUUCUCGUUAGCUUUGUUCUUUUUCAAAAUGCAUUUGAAUUGGCCUUCUUCGCUUGGACUUGGUAUACAUUUGGAUUGAGGUCAUGCUUCCAUGAGCAUUUGGAGGAUAUCAUUAUCAGAUUCGCUAUGGGCAUUAUUAUACAGGUUCUGUGCAGCUAUGUAACCCUUCCUCUCUAUGCCCUUGUAACGCAGAUGGGUUCAAAUAUGAAACCAACCAUUUUCAACGAGAACGUCGCAAGGGCAUUGAAAGGCUGGCAUCACACAGCAAAGAAACGAAUAAAAGAUCAUAACAAAAUUGAGAGUGCUUCCGUGACACCUACAUCAAGCCGUCCCGGAACACCUUCUCGGCACGGCAUGUCUCCGGUGCACCUCCUCCGCGGCCACGGCUUCUACCGAAGCGAGAUGGACGUGGCGAGUAGUACUCAAUCAAUUGGGCAUGAUAAACCCGAGUUCGACGACUUAUAUGAGCAUUGGGGACGCAGUGAUGACAAUGGUGGUGGCUCACAAUCUCCGCCACAUUUCGUUGCCAACCAUGUUGAUGGAAGACAAUCACGAUAUGGACCAUCUUCUUCUUCGAACAAUAUAAUUCAACAAGAUGAUGGUGAUCAUGAUGAUGUUAAAAAUAUUAAUGAUGAUCCCACCAACUUGUUGGAGCUGGUUCGUGUCCCUUUGCAGAAACACGAAAUCAUCAAUAUUGAGGAACAAAGUGAUUUUUCUUUUGUUAAGAGAUUGAACUAAAAUGAUGGAAAUUGUCUACAAUUUAUAAUUAUUGUACAGAAUAUAAUUUCACUUGUGAUCGCGCUAUGUCCUCGCACAAAAACAAUACUGGAGCAUACUAAUAUUGUGUAAGUUUGUAUGUUUAGGUCAUUUUAUUUUAUGUGCCUUAUGGUUCCAUUACAAAUUCAA